AUGAUCAAACGCAAGUCUUAUUGCCGUAACGCUGAUGUAUACAUGUUUGCGGCGGUUAAUAAGAAUUUGAGACUAGCUUUCCCUUGGGACUGCCCUCCUGCCAUGGGAGCUUUAAUUGAGCAAUGUUGGUCUUUGAAACCCGAGAAGAGGCCUGAGUUCUAG